AUGCCCUCUAGGGCUGCUGAAGUAGCUAGUGAUGUAGAGGGUUUGGAUAAAGGAUCCAUGGAACGGAGCACAUUAGGAUGUGUGCAUGGAGGUUUAGAAGCUUGUGGCUACUGUAGUGUGUUUGUGGAGAAUGGGGGAAGAUGGGAGCUGCUAGACGGGAGAGGCAAUAGAGCCAUCCGUUGUAAUUUUAAAAUUAGAGAUUUGGGGGUUCAGAUUUUGUGUUGGAGAGGGAUUACUAAGCUGGGGGCUGAUUGUGGAUGGGAUAUUAGUGAAAUGAUGUUAUGGGAGAGGUGGGUUGGGGUGGACUGUCCAGUGGAAAGGUUGUGGGCCUGGUUUGGUGAUUUAGGCAUGGGAUUAGGCAGGCUGUAA